ACACAUACACACAAGACACAUAUACACACGACAGCCAUUACAAUGAGUGUCGCCAACGACGACGAGCCGUCUUACAUCGACUACGAGACCUUUCUCGAUCCAGGGUUCAGCCCCGCCGCCUUCGCAAACACGCUCGUGCUGGCGACCAACAACCCCAACGAUGCGCCCCUCGACCUCUCAACACCCCUCUCACGCGUCCUCUUCGACAUCCAGGAGAUCGACUCCCAUAUCGACGUUCUCACCACCCGAUCCGCCAUCCCGCUCCUCACACAUACCAAAGAGCAGACCGAAGCUAGUGGGCGCAUCGUCGGGGAACUCGACACCCAGAUCAAGGCCCUCAACGACAGCUACAAACAGCUCGAAAAGGAGGUUAUCCAGAAACAUGCCGAAGCCGAAGAAGUCCGUCUUGUGGCUUCCCGUCUCUGGGAAACCCUCAAGCUGGGCCGAGCAGUAGGCCGCGCUCUUCAGCUCGGUCGCCAGCUUGAAGUCCAACACGCCGAACUGACUGGUUCUGCCUCCACAACCGUCACCACCUCCUCCGCCAGUCUUCGCAGCAAAGAAGACCAUCGCGCCAUGGUUCGAUGCGCCCACACUCUUUUGUCUCUCCGUGAGCUCUUCUCGACCGCCAACGUCCCCGGCUCCGAAGGUUACGGCAUCGAGCGCGUCGCCGUCAUCCGCACUCUACGCGACAACAUCUACCUCCCCACCGAACGCUCCGUCCGCGAAUCCGCCGAGCGCAUCAUCCGCGAGUUUUCCAUGGGGUCCGCGUCGGGUACCUUGACCUUUGCCCAGUCCGAAGAAACCAGGGCGCGCACUGUCUCCGGUCUAACAACACUCUACCUCUUGUCGCCAACCACCCUCGCUAAGAACGAAAAGUGGUCGCCAACCCUGAUGCUCCAAGCCCUCGAAUCCUAUCUCCGUACCGCUCUGCAAUCCUCUACCGCGUCCUUGUCCCGUGCCCUGGCUACCCUGCCUUCGCUGGAACGCACACUAGCAGAUGUGACAGCCAGAUGCCAAAACGUCGUCGCUUUGGAAGCCGUGCUAGAAGCCACCAAAAUCCCCUCUCACCCGUUGGUCCAGGGGCAGCAAGCCACGCCUAAGACAGGAGGAAACAUGCUUCAACCUUUGCUGGCGUACUUAGAAACUGGCUCAUUAGCGAGUUACUUUUGGAGAACGAUGGCGAGCAAUCUGGCGCCGAGGGUGCAGGAGAUUAUGAACAAGGGAGGAGUGUCGGCGAGGACACUGAGGACGAAUAGGCAGAGUGUCGGGGAGGCGAUCAAGGAGUGUGUGGUGAAGGGCUGUGUGUUGCCUAGUGCGGCGGCGGGGGCGGCAACCGGGGAUAGGGGGAGAAAUGAUGAGAUGAAGGACGGGGAGAAGAGUGGACGGUGGGAGAGGGAGGUUGCGGUUAUGGUGGGGAGUGUUGUGAAUAAUAUUGGGAGGUAAUGAAGGUAUUGGAUAAGGGUCGGCGCAGUUGAAGAAAAUGCACAUGGCGUGCUGAUAAAUUCAGCAUACUUUCUUCGGACCAUAUAUGGUCGUCGAAUGAUCGUAGGUAUCUC